GAGAGAGAAAAUAUAUCUUUGUCCCUGCCCUGCUCUGAUUACAGGAGAGAGGGAGGGAUCAAGAGAGAGGAGAGGACGCUUUGGUCUUUGACAGCAUACUCAUCUGUCGCUUGCAGUGUCCUAACAUUGUCAUGGCAACAACAGGACAGUCCUGACGGAGAGAGAGAGAGAAAGAGAGAGAGAACGAGAGGGAGAGAAAGAGAGAACUGGACAGGACCUUUUUAAAGUCAGAGCGAGCUAGAGAGAGAGGACAGAAAGAGAAAGUGAGGAGAGCUACACAGGUUUCCAGCUGGUCACACAAUGAUGAGUUUCUACACUCUGCUACUGGUCUGCCUCUCACAGGGUGAGUUGAUGGGAGUCUGGACGCAUGGACACACUGCAGGUUUGAGGUACAGCGUCUCCGAGGGAGCCCCCGAGCCCAGCCGAGGCAGGAGAGAGCUGCGAUUGGCUGAGACAGACAGGACCAGGCUCAACCGAGAGCCAAUCGGAGGAAACCUGGCCAUUGACACGCUGCCUGACAACAUGACACGCAUCGUGGAGGACGAGCGCAGAUAUUACUUGUGGCGCAGUCUCGGCCCGUCGGACCCACGCACAGAGCAGCUCUGGAUCGACAUGACCGCCCUGGAGCGCAGUGAGGUCAGAGUGCACGGGAUCCUGUCCAACACACACCGACAGGCAUCGCGGGUAGCCCUCUCGUUUGACUUCCCCUUCUACGGCCACUAUCUGAGGCAGAUCACCGUAGCGACGGGAGGGUUCAUCUUCACAGGAGAGGUCACACACCGCAUGCUGACGGCCACGCAGUACAUCGCGCCCCUCAUGGCGAACUUUGACCCCAGCUAUUCCAAAAACUCCACCAUCCACUACCACGACAACGGCACAGUGUUUGUGGUGCAAUGGGACAAGGUGAGGCUGAAAGGCUGGGAGCAGAGAGGAGGCUUCACCUUCCAAGCAGUGCUGCACAAGGAGGGCAGCAUCACCUUCAACUACCGAGACGUGCCAGUGCCAGUGAGUGAGAUCAGCUCCGCUCAGCACCCAGUGAAGGCCGGUCUCUCUGAUGCCUUCAUGGUGAUCCAAAACUCCCCGCACAUGCCAGAGGCACGCAGACGCACUAUCUAUGAGUACCAUCGCGUGGAAGUUGACACCGAUAGCAUCACCAACAUGUCAGCCUUCGUGUUCACCCCCCUCCCCACCUGUCUGCAGCACGAGAGCUGUGAGUCCUGCCUCUCCACCAACACUAGCACCAGUUGCAGCUGGUGCAACAUCAUCCAGAGAUGCUCGGAUGGCUUUGACCGUCAUAGACAGGAAUGGCUGAACUAUGGCUGCGCAGAGGAGUCGAGAGGCCUGACCUGCGAGGAUUACUCAGAGCAGGAAGCGGACGCCUUGGUCUCAUUCAACCCCUCGGGCUCUGAGACAACCCCUGACCCAGGCCAGCUGCUGGACAAUCCUGUCACAGAAGAUGAUACAAAGCUGCUCAUCCACUACAAUGGCAAUGAGCUGCAUGAUGGCGAUUCCCCUCCCAGUCAGCAGGGGCUGUCAGUGCACAGCGGGCUCAUUGCUGGUGUGGUGGCGGCUGUGCUGCUGCUGCUGGCUUUGGGACUUCUGGCUUUCUACAUCAACACCCACCCCACCUGCGCACCUGCACUGUACCUCAUCCAGAGGCGCUCGAACCAUUGGCCGGUCAUGAAGUUUCGUAACCAGGGAGUUCACUCCAGCUACACGGAGGUGGAGGUCGGAGGUCACGAGAAGGAGGGGUUCAUAGAGGCGGAGCAAUGCUGAGGAGGAGGCGGGGCUCACUGUCGACACUGUCUGGAGACACAGAGGGCAGCGUGGCACUGACUUCAACCAGCUUUAUUCUUUAUUAUUAUCGUUAUUGUUACUGUCCCUAUGGGCUGCUCUCUGCUUCUUCAGCAGAACCAGGCUUGUGCCAGUUGGAAAGACUUUGUUUUAUUUUAUUUUAUUUCAUUAAAUUUUUUUACCAAGAACUUGAAGCUCGAAGCAGACACCUAAAUAAGGUUUAUAUUGGGCACAGCACAGCACACCUCACAGUACAGUACAGUAUAGUGCAGUGGUUACUUUGGACGGCUUCGACAGACCGCACACUGAAUAUAGCACUGUGCCCUGCAUACCCGUGUAUAGGGUUUAAACUGCUAAGGAGCGGAACGCUGAGACAGAAGGAAGGACUGUCUGUGCAGCUCUCACUCGGUCGGUACCUUUAGGCUGGCCCCUGGGCAUUAUGGGGACUGUAGUUUAUCUUGCCUAAUCCUGAACAAUGCUAGAGGGCAGCAACUUCCUCUGAUUGAUAAAUAAAAGCAGACACUGGCCCUCACACUCAACAGGAGAAUGACCUCCCUGCUACCGACAGUGCUAGAUGUCACUUAAUCAGAACUAUAAAUCCCAGACUGCACUGUGUGUGUAAUCCAUGAGAUCAGAUGGACUACAGCUCCUAGAAUGCCCUACGUGGGUUGUCAAGGGGAUGCCCUGCCUGCCUCGUCCAGAGCAUAUUAGAUGAACUACAGCUCUCAGAAUGCCCUGCAUGUGUAGCUGUGGUGAACUACAGCUCCUAGGAUAGCCAGAAUCUGCCUUGGAACCCCAAGACUGGGAUGGAUCAGCACUACUUAAUAAUGGAAGCAAGCAUACGAAAUGCACAGAGGAACUGUAUGAAUAUUAUGAAUCCUACUGGACACAAAUCACUUAAAAUCUAGCAGUGGAAAUUAUUCAGAAUAAAAAAUGUUUUUAAAAAUGU